AUGUUGGAAAUAUUCAAUUCGGUCAAAGAGCUGAUAAAGUUCGAUUGCAUCAGCAUCAGUGACCGCAUUUUUCGCUUGCACUACAAAGCAAGUGUGAUCAUUUUGAUUGUGUGCUCAUUGUUUGUGACAUCGAAUCAAUACAUAGGAGAUCCAAUUGAUUGCAUCGCUGAAGAUAUUCCAUCGCGUGUAAUGGAUACCUACUGUUGGAUUUACAGUACAUAUACGGUGCCCAAACGAUUGGAUGGUGUAAUUGGACGCGAUAUUAUUCAACCAGGCGUUGGAAGUCAAGAUGGUGACGGCAAAAUAAAAGUCCACAAAUAUUAUCAAUGGGUUUGCUUCGUCCUAUUCUUCCAAGCAAGGCUAUUUUACAUACCAAGAUACUUAUGGAAGAUUUGGGAAGAAAAUCGCAUUAAAAUGCUCGUACACAACUUAAACUCGCCGAUUGUGACUGAAGAGUACAAAGAAGAAAGAAAGAAAAUCAUCAUCAACUAUUUUAAAAUGAAUAUUGGCUAUCAUGAUGACUAUAUGGUGUACGAUGUCCGAGAUUUAAAGAGGAUUUUAUUCAGUACAAACAAAUUUAUUUUAUUUUGGAGUUUCAAUCGUGUUUUACAAUUAUGA